AUGUGUCGGGGAGCUUUACGUUGGCCACUAGGAGACGGCUGCUGCCUCAGAGGGUGGUGGAGCAGCCGGACAGGAACCUCCUCCCGCCCCGACCCCUCCCCCCAGUUCCGCGGAGCCAUCGGGACGAGCGGCGCCAGCUGUGUUUCUUAAGGAGCUGAGAGGCAGCGUGCUGAGUUACCAGAGUGAAGAGCUGUCAGGACACUGAAGAAGACUGAGGCUUGGGGAAGAGUGGCCAGAAAGCUGCUUGGCAGAGAAGGACCUUAAAUUAUCAAGACUUUGGCCUGUAAAUAUUGAAGAGGAGUAGCGUCUGGGCAUGGAGUACCAGGAACUGCCUUAUGUGCUAAUUGAUUAUAUAGGAGGGAAGCACGGAGUACAUGAAGACCAUGUUGAAUUUCUGAAGAAAUAUUUUCAUCUCAUCACCCUGAAAGAAUAUAUUGAAAACAAGAAAUUUCUCAGUGAAAAGAUCAGAGCUAUUUAUAUGUGGUAUCACAAACCAGUUGUUAAUGAAGAGUUGCUCCAGAGCUUGCCUAACUUGAAGAUAGUUGCAAGCUCUGGAGUGGGAAUAGAUCACCUAGACUUGAAGCUCCUCUCCGGAUAUGGUGUGAAAGCGUCCAACACUCCGUUUAUUGUUUCCAGUGACACUGCAGACUUGGCAAUGGCUUUGAUGCUGGCAUCUUCCAGGAGACUUGUGGAAGGCUAUCAGAUGGCAGUCUCCCCUGACACAGAGUAUUUCCCUGCUGACUGGCUGGGGGAUGCAGUCUCUGGGGCAACCCUGGGGAUCAUAGGAAUGGGCAGCAUUGGCUACAAAGUGGCGGAGAGAGCCAAAGCCUUUGAAAUGAAGAUUUUGUACCACAACAGGAAUAGGAGAAACAAGGAAGAAGAAAGUGCUGUUGGAGCUGUUUACUGUGAGAAGAUACAUCAUUUGCUCCAGCAGUCAGAUUUUGUGUUGCUGUCUGUGAACCUGAUGCCGGCGACACACAAACUGAUUGGGAAGAGGGAGCUGGAGCUGAUGAAACCCACAGCUACUCUCAUUAAUGUCAGCAGAGGCCUGGUUGUGGAUCAGGAUGCUUUGGUGGAAGCUCUUCAGAACAAAGUUAUUAAGGCAGCUGCUCUGGAUGUGACAUAUCCUGAACCUUUGCCAAGGGAUCACCCUUUGUUAAAGUUGAAGAAUGUUAUAAUAACUCCACACAUGGGAACUGCCACUAAAAAGACACGCCUCCUUAUGAUGGAAAACAUGAUCAAAAGCAUACAAGCGGGUCUUAUGGGUCUUCCUAUCCCUCAUGAAGUAUUACUGUAAAGCAGCCUGCAUUUAAUUUCCAUACCAUUAGUGUUAGUCCUGGUGUGAAUAAACAGUAAUUUGAUCACUCUUCCUGUAAUUAUCCCAUGUGUGUUACACAGAUGAAACGUGUAACACAUAUUUAAAUAAACAAAAGUGAUUCUGUGUGGAAA